AUGAGAGCAGCGACAGCGUUUAGGUUCUCGUUAGGCGCCAUUCUUACAGCCACUGCACAUGGCGCGCUCAUGAAACCGCAAACGGCCCCGAGAACAGUGGUCGUCAGGGCCGAAUCAUCGACUCCUGCUGGUCCGACUUCUACGGAGGAGUUCGUGGACCCCUUCGUGACGCCAGAUCCGUGGCCAUGCGCUCUGAAGAACAUCACGCAGUACUUCGAUGUAUCGACAGCCACCGGCGGUCUGUACGAGGCCAUGACGUCGUAUGGCGAUAAGUUGCUCGAGCCCUGCGAGUCUACGGCUGGCCCCGACGUGCUCUGCUCUGUCACAGAGCUUUCUCAGUGGUGCGGCAUGUCCACGGCGAUACCGCCUGCCGUUCUCGCCGACUACUCCUCCUACGUCAGCGGUGCAUACUCGUUUUGGUCGGCUAAGAGCUCCGAAGCCAUGUCUGCCUCCUCUUAUUGCCCGGUCUUUUGGGAGAGGCCCUCCCUCGCCGCGCACAGGUGGUUGAAUCUGACCAUCGCUUUCGCGGAAUGCUACGCAGCCGCCAACCCAGGUAUCAUUACGUCUGCUACUGGUCCUUCGUCGACUAAAGCCCUCUCUGUCCCUCCAACUCCCUCCAGUACCUCGCCCACAAACAGUGUUGUCGGCCGAAGCCAGGGCAUUGAGAUGUGGAUGCUAGCAAGCACAGGCAUGGCAGCCGCGGCGGUGAAUUCAGUGUUAUAG